ACCACUCCAGCGACCUCGUCUUUGACGACAUUCCCGCAGCCAUCAAGGCCUUUGUUCGUCCUUGUCCUCGAUAGCCCCAACCGCGAGAAUGAAGGCGACCUCAUCAUCGCCGCCUCGGCCCUCACUCCCGCAAAAGCCUCCUUCAUGAUCCACCACACUUCUGGCUACCUGUGCGCCGCCCUCCCCAACGCCCUCGCCGACAAACUCGAUCUACCCCCUAUGGUCGCCGCAUCCUCAAACGCAGACCCCAAUCGCACUGCCUACACCAUCACCAUCGACGCUUCCGACAACGUCACCACUGGAAUCUCGGCCACUGACCGCAGUACAACGUGUCGCUUGCUCGCCAAUGCAGACGUCAAGGCGAGCGACUUCAGAAGACCUGGACAUGUGGUGCCGUUGCGUGCGGUAGCUGGUGGUGUGCGCCAACGACAAGGACAUACAGAGGCAGCAGUCGAGUUUGCAAGGCUGUCGGGAGAUAAGAACAACGUCGGUGUCAUUGCAGAGAUCGUAGAGGAGUCGACGGAAGUCGAGGGAAAGGCUGAAAGAGGUGGCUUGCAUAUGAUGAGGGCCAAGGAGUGCAUUGACUUUGGAAAGAGAUAUGGCAUCAAGGUUGUCACGAUUGAGCAUUUGAAGAAAUAUGUCGAGGAGACCGAGGGCAAGUUGUAG